AUGGUAGCGGAAGUUGUUUUUACAGUAAAAACACCACAAAACUUAAAUAUUCAAUUUCCAGUAGAUCACUCUUUUUCCUCAGGAAAUUUAUUAUUUACAAACCCAAAUGGAUAUGAUCCAAAUAUGAUCAUCGAAGUCGAUUUGUCUGGAAAUUUAGUACACAACUAUUCAACUUGGUUAGAAAAUGAACCAUCAAAAAGAUGUGUUGCAAGGGAUUUGGCAUUUUUAGACUCAUCUACCUUGUUAAUGUUGGACUCUCAACAAGGUAUCUUUUAUGCAAGUUCCAAGGGUAAUGUGAAGGGAAUCUGGUCAAACUUGGCAACCGGAACCAAAGGAGUUCUUGGUUGUGAUUUACAAAGAUUCAGUGUUGAUCUUAAUAACAAAAAGAUAUAUGUAAUCAGCACAAACAUCAAUUGUGAUUAUUCCUACAUUCCAGGUGUAUUUGUUUAUGAUAUUUCUGGAACUUUCCAAACAUUAUUAACUCAUGAACAAUUUGAAUUUACUUGGGAUGUUGUUGGAGAUGAAUCUGGUGAUAUUUGGGUAACCAAUACUCAAAAUAUCUUUGUUUUCCGUGCUGGAGGUGAAAAGAAUGUCGAUAUCAUCGAUCCAAUCAAGAAUAAGUUGGGAUACAAUGGAAUUCAACUCAGUCCGUCAGGUACAAUUUUAGUUACAGUCCCAGCACCAGUUAACGAUUUACUAAUUGAAAUCGACCCAACAUCAGCAACACUCUCGAAUACCUAUCCACUUGUUGGUAAUACAACUUCCACUGGUUCACUCUCUGGUAUUCCAGGCAGUAUUGUAAUCGACCCAAACACUAAUGAUAUCAUCAUUGAAGUGCCAUGGGCCAGUAAGAAAGAAGGAAAAGAUGUCGAUGUCGUCCAAAUCUACUCAAAGAAGGGAAAUUUAAAAAGUUCCUUUGGUGGUCAUAGUUGUAAAGACACUAACUUAUUAUGCGUUCCAUUAUUCGGAAUGAUAAAUUUAAAUAAUAAACAACUUUAA